AUGUCGUCGCCGAUCAAAACUUCCCACAUCGGGUUCAGCACUCCUCCUCAACGAAACUCCCCCUUUCAACGCCGUGCCGAAUCACCAGCCUCACCAUCUCCUCUUCGUCACGCUACCCCGGGGACAGGAUCACCGACCAAGAACGGCCCUUCGCGAUUUGCGCGAGCAGAAACUCCGGUUACCUCGACGGGAACCAGCCGGACACCACGAGAGCAAACCCCAGCAACGCCAACACGAGACAUAAUGCAAUCUCCAUUAAGACCUGUCGCGUCGCGCGCACCGGCACCAGCACCGAGUAAGGGGGAUCAUGGACACGCUCUAUCAAAGCUUCAACCGGCCCAGGUCAGAACUCUGCGGGAUGGUUUUCAGAUCCUAGAUCGCGACUGCGAUGGUGUGGUCAAUCGGGAGGACGUGGCAGACAUGCUGAACCAGCUCGGCCUUCCGUUAAGCCCAUCGCAUGUCGCGCAAUUCUUCCCCCCAUCGCAACCACAGACCAUAGCCCUCGCAGCCUUUUUAAAUUCGCUAGCCGAGAUCCUGGCCGACCUUUCACCCAGCGCCGAGCUGCUGUCGGCCUUGUCAGCCUUUGACGAUGACGACAGCGGACAGAUCGACAUUGCGGAACUGAGAGAUGCGCUGGUCAACACGGCGCCGGAGCCUGGCGAGGCUGCGCUUGCUCUUUCGGCUGCCGAGGUGGACAAGGUCAUGGAUGGGUUUACCGGGCGGCGUGCGUUCAACCGGAACAUGAGUGCUCAGCUCGGCGCGAAGAGGGGAGAAGUCUUCAAUUACCAGGAUUUCGUGAAUUCCGUCAUGGGUGCGAAUGGAGGGACGGAGGAACCCUCGCGAGAGGCAUCAGAGGUCUGA